CUUAGUAGGAAAGUUUCCGCGGGCGUUUAAACGGGAACACUUCUCUUCGAAACCUAAAAAUUAAGUCCGAUGAUGAGCAAUCCAAAACCCUGCAAAAACCUCGAAGUCCAAUGAAGAUCAAGCGGGCGUUCAAAGCUGAAAAAGAGCAAAUAACAGGUAUGGACAGUGAAGCUACUUGAUAUUCGUAACGCAAGAUGUCUCAAAAACAAACCCUGACGAGUGCCUUUCACACAAUCCACAGAGUUUAUUCCUUCACAAGAAAAACAAAUUCAUCAUCGUACACGCAGAAAGUUUUUCUGUAUACUAUUCAAUUGCAAUGGAAGAAGGACAGAGGUUUGGAUGUCGCGGUAGAGAAGGAGAAGAAUUUAAGGGCUGUCAUUUCUGUGAAAGAUAUUAUAAAGAAGGAGCCAGAGGCUUGUUUGCCUAUCGAUGCUCUCUCAAGGAAGAAAAAGAAGCUGGGCAUUCGCAGUGGGGUUUCCAACUUCAUCAAAAAAUACCCUUCAAUAUUUGAGCUUUGCAAUGGGAACAAAUGUAAGUUGACAAAAGAGGUCCUAGAGUUGGAAGAGGAAGAAGCCCGAAUCCACCAGGAGCAAGAAUCAGACGCUGCAACUAGGUUGUGCAAGCUUCUGAUGAUGACCAGAGAAAAAAAGCUUCACUUAGAUCAUAUAAACCAGCUGAAAUGGGACAUGGGUUUGCCCCAGAAUUAUGUCAAGACGUUGGUACCCAAUUUUCCAGACUACUUUAGUGUAAUCAAUAUGCCUGAUAAUAGGCCUGGAUUGGAUCUUGUUUGCUGGAAUGAUACGUUGGCUGUCUCCGAGAUGGAGAGGAGGGCAGCUAACAAGGGAGAGUAUAAAAAGACGAUGCCUUUGGCUUUUCCUUUGAAUUAUUCUAAGGGGUAUGCUGUGAAACAGGGAUAUGUGAAAUGGGCAGAGGAGUGGCAGAGGUUGCCCUACAUAUCGCCCUACGAGCAUGCAUCUCAUAUAGAUCCAUUAAGUGAUUUAUCCGAGAGAAGGGUGGUUGGGGUGUUGCAUGAGCUCCUGAGUCUCAUGGUUAGCAAGAGAACGGUGAGGCGGUAUCUUAUUGACCUUCGGGAGCAGUUGGGACUACCCGAGAAGUUUGAAAAGUGUUUUGACCGUCAUCCUGGGAUCUUUUAUGUCAGUUUGAAAAAUGGUACUGUGACAGUGGUGCUCAGAGAGGCCUAUAAAAGAGAUAAGCUGAUUGAGGAGCAUCCUCUCAUGAAAUGUAGGGGGAAGUUCCUUCAUGUGAUGAAGAAGGGGUUCGGGGAUAAAAGGAAAUGUUCGAAGAAGGGGGUUAAUUCACAAGAGAAAGACUCUGUAGCUGGUGAAAAUCUCCAUGCUCUGGAAAAAAGUCACGAUGAUCAUGAGGGUAAUAGUGAGGAUGAAGAAUUACAGGAGGGCAAUAGUGAGGAUGAAGAAUCACAGGAGGAGGAGAGUUCUGAUGACAGAAAUUAUGCCAGGAAAGAUUUUGGUGUAAAUGACAAUGAUGAUGAUGAUGAUGAGGAGGAGGAAGUUACCACAGAUGAAGAGUCUUCAGAGGAUGAUAAAGACGUUUGUGAGAGAGAUUUUAGAACACAUGGAAAACAACGUGGUAGGCUCCAAUCAUCUGGUAAGCAAGCCUCCAACUUAAGUCCCUCUGACAGUCAGGGCAGUGACUCGAAACCAUUUCAAAGGCAAAGGACUAAUUUAAGAAAAUCUAUAUUGGAAGAGAAAAAUAAACGAACAUUAGGAAAGCAAGGCAAGAGCUUUGACACAUAUAUAAAGAAAGGCAGUGGCUAUCAGACGUUUGGAGAAGGAAGGAACUUUGAGACAUCAGGAAGGAUAGGAAGGAACUUUGAGAAAUCUGGAAGGCAAGGAAGGAACUUUGAGAAAUCUGGAAGGAACUUUGAGACAUCAGGAAGGCAAGGAAGGAACUUUGAGACAACAGGAAGGAACUUUGAGAAAUCUGGAAGGCAAGGAAGGAACUUUGAGACACCAGGAAGGAACUUUGAGACAUCAGGAAGGCAAGGAAGGAACUUUGAGAAAUCUGGAAGGCAAGGCAGGAGCUUUGAAACAUCUGGAAGGAAAGAAAGGAGCUCUGAGACAUCUGGAAGGCAAGACAGACAUUUUGAGACAUCUGGAAAGAAAGGUAGGAGCUUUGAUGUAUCUCACAGAAAGGAAGGCAAGAGUUUUGACACAUCUGAUAGAAAACAAGGUAGGAGUUCUGACACGUUUGAUACAAAGCAAGGCAGGAGUUCUGGCACAUCUGCAAGAAUGCAGGUCAGGAGCUUCGACACAUCUGGAAGAAGGGAAAAUAAUUUUAAAACAUCUGAACGCCAACGCGGUACAUCUCAACUGUCUAGAAAACAAGGCAAUAAGUUUGAAUUUUCUAGAAGCAGGGACAGUAAGUCCAGAACAUCUGGAAGCCAAGGAAGUAACUUUGAAGUACCUCAAAGUCGAGGAACUCGGAACCCAUCUCAAAAGCAGUCUGGUAACCCCAGGGUCACCUAGCAACUUUUGAGUGAGCAGUGGUAAUAAUACAUGCAUGAUUCCUAUACCUUCCAGGGGUUGAUAUUUUUUUAAAACUAAAUUGAGAUCUUUAUCGACUUUUUUUGAUGGUGUGUCUUUAUUGCUUCAAAAUUCAAUGCGCUUUAUCAAAUAACAAUUACAGAGGCCUUAGAAUGUUAAUUAA